AUGGGAGUCAAGCGCUCACACCGGGACUCUGCGUCGUCAUCAGAAGACCCUAGCACGCCGUAUCCUCCCCAGCAGUCUGUCUCUGUCAAGCUUGUCCACUUGGAUGCAGACUCGGCCAUUUCUGAUCAACCCGCUGUGAUGAGGUGCUCGCUUCCCCCACAUGAGCCUCUUAGCUUUGCUUCGUUCGACGAGUACGAUGUGCACUACCGGAAAACGCAUGUGAACCGAUGUUCCGAAUGUCAUAAGAACUUUCCAGAUGAGCAUCUGCUACUAUUGCAUAUUGCGGAAUACCACGAUCCCAUUAUUGCUGCGAAGCGGGAUCAGGGCGAGAAAACGUACGCAUGUCUCUUGCCAAGUUGCGAUCGCCUGUGCAGCACACCGCAGAAGCGUCGCCUCCACUGUAUAGACAAGCAUCAGUUUCCCCGCAACUACGAUUUUGUCAUUGUAAAAGAUGGAAUCGACCGGCGGAACAGCAUGCUAAUCCCUCGUCAUCAUCGGAGGAGCUCCAAUUUCAGCUCCGCAGGUGGCAUCACUGAAGCCACUGGGAGGCAGAGAGGUGAGUCUUCUGCGGGCACUGUGUCAGAGAGCAUGGAUAUUGUAAAAGACAAGGAAGAGGAUCAGAGUGACGUGGACGAGGAAGAGGAAGACGGAAAAGACGGCGAAUGUAGGCGUUAUCCUACUAGGCUUCAUGGGCGCGGCGGAUUUGGCCAUGCUCAGGGGAGUAGUCGUGGACGUGGACGAAGCAUCUCAACGACCUAUCCUUCGCAGCCGGCUCCAGCCACAGUUACUCCGCCCACAGAUCCAAUGGAGAAGCUUGCUUCCAGUAUGUCAGCGCUGCAGUUUGUUCCUCACAGUGUGCGGGUAGCCCGAGGAAGAGGAAGGGGA